GGCCGCCUCCUCCGCCACCGCCGCGCUGCCACCCGGAGCCGGGCCGCGAGCCGGGCCGGGCCGCCAUCAUGCUGAGCCGGCUCGGGGCACUGCUGCAGGAGGCCGUGGGGGCGCGAGAGCCCAGCAUUGACCUGCUGCAGGCCUUUGUGGAGCACUGGAAAGGCAUCACACACUACUAUAUCGAAAGCACAGAUGAAAACACGCCAGUCAAGAAAACGGAUAUUCCCUGGCGGCUGAAGCAAAUGCUGGACAUCCUGGUGUAUGAGGAGAAGCAGCAGGCGUCCUCUGGUGAGGCUGGACCCUGCCUGGAAUACCUGCUACAACACAAGAUCCUGGAGACCCUGUGCACUCUGGGCAAAGCGGAGUAUCCCCCAGGCAUGCGACAGCAGGUGUUCCAGUUCUUCAGCAAGGUCCUGGCCCAGGUGCAGCACCCACUCCUGCACUACCUGAAUGUCCACAGGCCCGUGCAGAAACUUCUCCGACUUGGAGGGACGGUCCCUGGAUCCCUCACGGAAAAGGAAGAAGUUCAGUUCACCAGCGUCCUCUGUUCUAAGAUACAGCAGGACCCAGAGCUGCUGGCCUAUAUCUUGGAAGGUAAAAAGAUUAUAGGUAAGAAGACAAUCCAAGAGUCUACAGCUAAGGAUGUAGCUGGCUACAGGGACAAGGAUUGUCCCCGAAGUGAUGCUCCCAGUGGGGAUCCUGGACUGGAUAGGGAGCAUGGUGGUGUCCCAGCCUUGAACAUCUACCUGCCUGCGGAGACCAAAGGGCCAGAAAAUGGGCCCGGGGAAAGCAAUCUCAUCACCUCCCUGCUUGGGCUGUGCAAGAGCAAGAAGAGUCGGGUGGCCCUGAAGGCGCAAGAGAACAUCCUGCUGCUGGUAAGCGUGGCGUCACCAGCAGCUGCCACCUACCUGACACAAAGCACCUCCUGUUGUGUGGGGAUAGCUGGGCACCUCUGCCAACUGUACCGGUCCAUGCCUGCCUGCCUUGACCCAGCAGACAUUGCCACAUUAGAGGGCAUCAGCUGGAGGUUACCCAGUGCCCCGUCUGAUGAGGCCUCUUUCCCUGGGAAGGAGGCUCUGGCUGCCUUCCUGGGCUGGUUUGACUACUGUGACCAUCUGAUCACAGAGGCACACACAGUGGUUGCAGAUGCCUUGGCAAAGGCUGUGGCUGAGAAGCUGUUUGUCGAGACCCUGCAGCCCCAGCUCCUGCAUGUGUCUGAGCGGAGCAUCCUGGCCUCCACUGCCCUGCUGACAGCCUUGCUGCGACAGCUGCACUCCCCUGCCCUGCUGCAGGAGGCCAUGACCUUCCUCCUGGGCACUGACCAGCAGCCUGCAGCCACAGAGGACAGCCCCCAAAGUCUGGGCACACACCUCAUCACGCACUGUGACCACCUCUCUGACGAGAUCAGCAUUGCCACCCUGCGGCUAUUUGAGGAACUGCUGCAGAAGCCCCAUGAGCGAGUCAUCCGCAGUCUGGUCCUGCAAAACCUGGAGGGCCGCCUAUAUGUGGCCCGGGGCUCACCAGAGCCGGAGAGCUAUGAGGAUACCCUGGAUCUGGAGGAAGACCCCUACUUCACCGAUGGCUUCCUUGAUGCUGGCCUUCAGCCCUCCACAAAGCCUCCCCCGGCUCCUGCCACCAGCUCAGAUGGCAAAACAGCAGUGACGGAGAUCGUUAACAGCUUCCUUUGCCUGGUACCUGAGGAAGCCAAGACUCCAGCCUUCCUAGGGGAGAAUGGAUAUGACACAUACGUUCAUGAUGCCUAUGGCCUGUUCCAGGAGUGCAGCUCCCGUGUGGCCCCCUGGGGUUGGCCUCUGGGCCCAGCACCCUUGGACUCUCAUGAGCCUGAAAGGCCUUUCUUUGAGGGCCGCUUCCUCCAAGUGCUCUUUGAUCGCAUGGCCCGGAUUUUGGAUCAGCCGUACAGCCUGAACCUACAAGUGACCUCAGUCCUGUCCCGGCUCGCCCUGUUCCCCCACCCCCAUAUCCACGAGUACCUUCUGGAUCCCUACAUCAACCUGGCCCCUGGCUGUAGGAGCCUGUUCUCUGUGCUUGUCAGGGUGAUUGGGGACUUAAUGCAAAGAAUUCAGAGGGUACCCCAGUUUCCGGGCAAGCUGCUUCUGGUGCGCAAGCAACUGAUGGGCCAGAUUCCGGAAGAGCAUCUGGACCAUCAGACCCUACUCCAGGGCGUGGUAGUACUAGAAGAAUUCUGCAAGGAGCUGGCCGCCAUUGCCUUUGUCAAGUUCCCCCCACAUGGUCCUUACCUGAACUUGUCUCCACCCCCGGAAGGGCAAGUCUGAGCCAGGAGCAUGGCAAGCGGG